CUCCGGAAAGGAUAUCUUGCAGUACAUGCUAAAAGCUGCUAGCGGAAGAUAAACAGAAACCUUGUUCAACAUGGCAGAGACUCACAGCUUGCAGGACAUGAGGCAACAGGCAGCCGUUGCUGCUAAAGUCUUCAUUCAGAGAGAUUAUACAAAUGGUACUGUGUGCCAGUUCCAAACCAAGUUCCCCUCUGAGCUGGAGACCAGGAUUGACAAGCAGCAGUUUGAGGAGACGGUGCGGACGCUGAAUAAUCUGUAUGCUGAAGCUGAGAAGCUGGGAAGCCAGUCUUACAUUGAGGGCUGCCUGGCCUGCCUCACAGCGUAUACCAUCUUCCUGUGUAUGGAGACUCACUAUGAGAAGGUUUUGAAGAAGAUCGCAAAGUACAUUCAGGAGCAGAAUGACAAGAUCUACGCACCACGAGGCCUCCUGCUCACCGACCCCAUUGAGAGAGGCUUACGAGUUAUUGAGGUCACCAUCUUUGAAGACAGAAGCCUGACUAGAUAAAAGCUGCCAUGCAGCUGUUGAGCUGAGCGGAGUGGCCCAGCACCAGUGCCCACCUCCCUGAGGACCACCCAGACCUGCACCCUUAAUACUGCGUCUCUACAAUCGGUUCCUUUCCACUGUCAUGUGCAUGUCAAGUCUUUUAAGACAUCCUUUGUGACCUAGUUUGAGAUUUUGUACCCAACAGUUAUUCAUGUUAUUUUUUUCAUUCUUUGUGAAUAGUGUAGGGUUAAGGACUGUUGUAUGCCUGUUAGUUGGAGAGAAGUUAGGAGCUCAUGAGUAAACUGAUAUACUAACUCUUUAUUGACAUUCUUCAAGCCAUGAGUAAUUAUCCUUUGUUUAUUUUGGACUAAAAAGUUUUUAAUGAGUAGUAUUUGUGAAAGCAUGAACUUUUGUAUAGUUUUUUUUUUUUUGGACGUUCCUUUUUGAAUAAUGAAGCCAACACACAGGGUAACUUAUUUUUUAUGAAGGUUUAUACAGCUCACUCACACCCAUGCUUUUAGUGACUGUCUUUGGCUGAACGGAGGAAAUAAUUUUAUCAAGAUACAGGGAACUCUGGUUAUCAGUGUGAUCUUCUGCAUGUUCUGCACCUCACAGUUUAUGUACCUCUAUUCUUAUUCAUAUAUUCUUGCAAGGGUGCUUGGUAGCGUAUCACCUUUCCUGCAUGUUUCCUUUGUAGAGUUUGACCUUGUGGUUAACUGACUGCUGAACUCUGUCAGGCUCCAAACAUUCCAGUCAAACCGUCCCACUCAUAUACUCAUGUACAUCUUUCUUAUUUAUGCAUCGAUUUAUGAGAUUCUUCUGUUACUUUCUGAAAAGCCAAAACUUGUGCUUGCUUUGUAUUUAGCAUGUGCUAUUGUUAUUGCUAAUCCUCAAGUCAUGGUUAUUUUUAUUUGUAAACUGUGCUAUGCAUAGUGUUUGGUGACUACUGUUGAUUUUUGACUCAUGUCUAAUGAGCAUAUAUUCAUAUGUUGGUAGGAGAUUGCCUUUGACCGAAGUAUUACAAGUGCUCUUGUUAGUCGACAGUGCCUGUGAUGGCUUUGAACGUGGCCUUUGUGUACGGCUAAAGGCCCAGUCACGCCAGGAUCUAACACAGCUAAAUUUCAGGUUAAUUGCAAUGGGUAGAUUUGCUUAUGGGCACAAAGUAAAUCAGCACAAAAGUUCUACAUUGACAUUGGUGAACUUUUGACCUACAGCAGUCCUGACAGUGACUAUCUUUGAGGGGAAAGCACCAGAGUUAGCUCACCUGCUACGGCAGUUAAACAAGCUAGCCCUAUGAGUGUAGUCACCAUGUCCCCCAAAACUUGAAGAGAAAACACUAAGACAUGCUGAGUAUUUUGGCUGUGCGAUUUUCUGGUGUGACCAGGUCUAAGCUGUGAGAUUAUGUCAGUCAGCUCUGGAUUCUGUUCACUUAUUGCUCACAAGCAACUAAAUUCCAAGAUUAAGAUUCUGCAAUUUAUGCAGGAAAAGCUUUGUUUAUAUUAGUGAAACCUGGACAGAGGUUGAAUAUACUGUAGAGUGUAUGGAAAUGUUAAGACGUCUCAUGAAUGUGAUGGACAGAAACUCAUUUGAAGCAUCUUUGAUCAUGAUGUAACUCAGUGUGCAGGUAUAGAGUUUUGAAUGCCAUAGCUAAAGAAUGAACACUUCAAUCAUGAUUGUGUAAAUAAAGUUUCAUUAAUUUUGGAUUUAGCUCAUUCUUUAUUUAUCAGGAGUCAGUUCAUCAGUUAAUUGAACUUUUCUAGGCUCUUUUGUUUUCAGUUGAAAUCCAAAUGUUUUAUUAGUCCACACGUUGUAUGCUCAAAUAAAUCGUGUACAU